GCCCUCCCGCUUGCUUGCUCACUGAGCCCCCACUUCUAGCCCUUACCCUCCCCCCAGCCCCGGGGAAGCCGGGCGCCGACGCGGGUAGACACGGGUCAACCUCAGCCCUCCCGGGCAGAGGCGCGGAGAAAGGACCCUCCCCGCUACCUCCCCCCGCAGGCCCCGAGGGUGCCCCAGAAGUUAGCCACAGGCAGUUCGGAGUGGAAAAGUGAACCCCAGCGGAGAGAGCGGGAGCGAGAGCCCCGCGGCCCCAGCCGGAUCAUGCCCCAGCUGGGCGGAGGCGGUGGCAGCGGGGACGACCUGGGCGCUACAGACGAGAUGCUAGCCUUCAAGGAUGAGGGCGAGCAGGAGGAGAAGAUUCCCCAGGGCGGCUUCCCCGAGCGGGAUCUGGCUGACCUCAAGUCCUCGCUGGUCAACGAGUCCGAAGGCGCCGGCAGCAGCGGCCAAGCCGGGAGCGGCCCGGGCCAGACAGAGGCGCUCCGGAGAGCUCAGAACUCCCAGAGGCUGUACCAGGACAAACUCCCAGAUGCCUUGGAAGAAGGCCUCAAGGCCCAGGACGGCAGCGGCGUCGGGAUGUACAAAGAGUCUGUGUAUUCGGGCUACAAUCUGCUGGUGCACUACCCGGCCAACGGAGUAAGUGCAGGAGCUGGAGCUGGAGCUGGACCCGGAGCUGGAGCCGGGACAGGAGCCGGAGCCGGGACUGGAGCUGGAGCAGUCUCCGGGGCUGGGCAGCCGCUGCACACCAAGCCUGGCCAGCCCUCCCAUGGAGUUCCCCAGAUCACACCCCUCUAUGAACAUUUCAGCUCCCACCAGACACAUGUCUCUGCUGACAUCAACCAGAAGCAAGGUGUUCAUCGCCCACUACAGACCACCGACAUCUCCAGUUUCUACUCUUUAUCUCCAGGUGGUGUUGGACAGAUUUCCCACACCAUGGGCUGGGCGAGCCCACCUCUCUAUCCCCUCCCCCCUUCCUGUGGAUAUAGACAGCACUUUUCGACUGCAGUCUCCCCGGGGGCACCUUACCCUAGGUUCACCCAUCCGUCUCUGAUGCUGGGCUCAGGUAUGCACACCACUGGCAUCCCCCACCCAGCCAUUGUGCCCCACUCAGGGAAGCAGGAGCUACAGCACUACGAUCGGGGCCUGAAACCUCCAUCAGAAGCCAAGCAGGAGAAAGAAGCUAAGAAGCCAACCAUUAAAAAGCCCUUGAAUGCAUUCAUGCUGUACAUGAAGGAGAUGCGGGCCAAGGUCAUUGCAGAGUGCACACUCAAAGAGAGCGCAGCCAUUAACCAGAUCCUAGGGAGGAGGUGGCAUGCACUAUCUCGAGAGGAGCAGGCCAAGUAUUAUGAAUUGGCCCGAAAGGAACGGCAACUCCACAUGCAGCUCUAUCCUGGCUGGUCAGCCCGAGACAAUUAUGGGAAGAAGAAGAGGAGGUCAAGAGAAAAGCAUCAAGAAUCAAACACAGGGGAGAAGGUGAAAGGGCUGGAGGAAUGCCUCUCUACACUCCAGGUUACCAGGGAGAAUGAAGUGUUCCUUGAAAGCCUAGAAGAAGGGCUACAAGACCCUGGCUCUCCUAAGAAAUGUCGAGCUCGCUUUGGCCUCAACCAGCAGACGGACUGGUGCGGUCCAUGCAGGAGGAAAAAGAAAUGCAUUCGGUACUUACAAGGAGAAGGAGAAGGACGCUGCACCAGCCCAGUUUCUUCAGAUGGCAGUGCUAUAGACUCCCCUCCAUCCCCUCUGGAUUCCCUCCAAUACAUUCGCCCUGCUUUUACCCCAGACCAGCUCACCAGUCCCACUGAUUUCACACACAGACCACCAAGCUGCCCCUUCUCCCUCUCUCUCCAUCUCAAGCCUGCUCCUCAUGGGGUUGGACUCCCAGCAAGGUGAUCCUCAGCCCUCGGCUCCCCAGCAGCCUUUCCAUGAACAUUCAGCAGCAUACAGGCAUCAUGGCAACAGGAACACAAGGGUCCUCCCUCUUCCAUUAGGCAGCCGUGUCAAAGGCUUUCUCCACAGGUGGUCAAGAGCCAGCCAGCCAAUCAAACAAAAACUGGCCUGGGGCCUCACCCCAUUUUCCCACAUAGUGCCCAGCCCUUAUACAACAAAGGGACACACACAGCCUGCCUAAGCUGUGGGGCCCUUGCAGUCAAGCUGUUCAGGAGAGUGGUCAGACCAAUUUCAAAAUGUCACCUCAUGUGCCAGCCCUUCAUGUCCAGCAUGGAUUUCAGCAAGGUGUAGUAGAAGGCACACAUGAGACUUGGAUUCACAACACUGAAGCUCUAGUCCCAGCUCCUGCGGGCUCAGGCAAACUCCUGUCUGAAUCUCAGCUGCCUCAUUUUUAUUAAAAUGGGAUUAACAUCCGUUCUACAAAUAAGGUAACAGACAUGAAAGUGCUAUAAAACAUAAAGUAGUGCUAACUAGCCAGAUGCCCACACCUGUUAAGUAUUAACAGGUCACAUCCUGCUUCUGAUCCUUUUGCUUUAAGCCCCUGCUGAGCCCUGCGCCCACCAGCCACACCUUCCCCUCCUAUGUAUAGCACAUUCUGGAAAGAGGAAAGGGACCUCAAAGCUGCACGUCCAAGACCUAAGUGCCAAUUCUGCCCAGUGACUAGCUGUGGAAGGCGGACUCUUCUUCACAGCAAUGAUGAAGAAAAACUUCUUGUUCAAAGAACAGGAAAACACUGUUUACGGAUAACCAACUGCUUUAGCCUGGCCAAAGGCCCUAUGUAAACUCUGCUUGCGAUAAAUUCCAUACUGAGGGAAGCCAGCAAGUUCUGCAGGAGGACAGAGAAGUCUGGCCACUCACUCCAAGGCACAGUUUGCCUUAACUGCUCAAAAAUAUUUCCUAGAAACCUGAGUUUCCUCAGAAACCUGUCCUAAUGACUCAACGAAGGACAACACAGCUCCCAGUGCCACCAGACAGCCAAGAUGCAGAAAGCCAGUCUGGGGGUUGCUUCUCAGCAGCAGUCCUUAGUCAAAUCACUUUUUGAAAGAAUUUCUAUACAUUUCCAGGUCUAGUUGUUGAAGACCACUUGUUAGAGGGUUGGCCAUUAGAGUCAAGUCUUGAUUAAGGGGGAGUUUAGGUAUAGUAUUUAAGACCCACAGAUGAAUCUCAAACCUCACUUAAACCUUUAGUUUCAACUUCCAAUUCUGAUUCAAACUUGUACUAAUAUCCUCUCAGCUAACAAAGACAGCUUAAGGCUUUCCUCCUGUGGUGCUUCCUGGGUGUCUCCUAGGAGAGAAGGGCCCACUGGAGUGGUAAGAAGAGGGAUGACGCUUCCCUGCCCUGCUCCCCCCAAUCAAAAAUUCCCUAUUUCAUGUGAUCUUUUCAGAUCCAUUGGUUUGGAGUGCUACUAAUCCACUAAAAGUCUAAAAACUACUAAGAUGAUCCAUGCCCCUAUGCAACAGGCUUACUACAGUGGCUAUUAUAAUCAAUUUCUGAGCCUUGGAAUUUUAACAUACACUUUUUUAUGCUUCCUCUCCAGAGUAUACAUAACCUGGUUUCAGAAGGAACCAUUCAUUAUAAGGGUAGCCUAUUUUUUUCCUUCCCUACCCAACUUCUUAUAUACUGAAGACAAUGUAUUAUUUUUGCUAUGGCAUUGCAAGAAAUUAAGAAAAAAAUGAUCUUCAUAGUGUACAAAAUAUUUUUGUAUUUUCUUAAGGCAUCAACAAGGAAUGCAACUUUUUUACGUAAGAAUAAAGAUACUUUUUAACUAGGUUUCUAUAUAAAAGUUUGAACCUUAGGAAGCUGUUUACACUGCGAGCACUACACUUAGUUUGCUUAUUUCCCUUUGUGCAGCUACUACACAGCUGAACCUUGAUACCUGGGGCCUCUGCUAGUUUUUAUUUUCCAUAAGGGUAUACAUAUAAAAGGUCCUGGGGCUUUGCACAGAAAAAUCAGUCCAAGGACAUAACCUUUUUUCUAAAUCAAAACACCAACUUUCUAACCACCUCUCCCCGCCUCCCAGGAAUUGCUCUCUUGUUGGAGUCAAUGCCAUAUUGACAAGAGGGUUUCCCACCCCCCAUGGGGGUCAGGUUUUACAGAUCAUUUCAGUGUUUUUCUCUCUCCUGGGAGAGACUUACCUACCAUGUUUGCUUGGAUCAUCAUCCAAGGGCCCCAAACUUCUGUCCUUUCAAUCUGUUCACUCCUCCCUCCAAGUAACAAAUGACUUUUCAAACCAAACCUACAGACUGAUUCUCAGGCACAGGAAAAAGACACCAUAAGCAGACAGCAUUCCCCAGGCCACAUACAAAGAGCAAAGCAGGGAGAACAAAGUCCACAUGGUGGAUUUUUUGCAAAGGGAACUAAGACCAGUCAGGGUGCCUGGGAGACAGUGGCUACAUUUUGGGACCCAAUAGGCAGUAGAGAACAAUUUCCAGUCUAUUUUAAUAACAAACCCUCUAGGCUUUAUCUCAACUAAUAAUACAUGUGCUUGAUGUUAAUGUAGACAGUAUUUCUUUUUUUUUUUCCCUUUGGGGAAAAAUCAUUUGAUGGAAAAUAAGGUAAAAUCAUUUAUAACAUAGUACUAUUAUAUCCAAAGCAAAAAAUCUAAAUCCUAUUGUUUUAUUAGCUCCCCCAGAUCCCUUUAUUCCAGAAGCUACCCCAAGUGUUAUUUUAUUACAAAUCAUUUUCAUAUUUCUUGUUUGAUUAGUAGCCAAAAUUAAAUUUACACAGUUUUAAUUAUUAUAGAAAUUUUACCUCCAAAAAUGUGAUAAAAGUAGAAGUCACUGCAAAACCUUAUCAUUAUGCCAAAUAAAAUUGCUAUAUGUAGCAGAGAUAAAUAUUUAGUUAUUUGGAGCAAUUGGUCUAACAGUUAUCCAUCACGUCUUGUAAUUUUUUAAAAACUU